AUGCUGCGGGUGGGCGGCCGCCUGAAACAUGCGCAGAUUCCGUUCCAUCAGAAACAUCCAUUACUGCUGCCCUCUGGUCAUCAUGUCACACGGAAUUUGAUUGAGUCACUGCAUAGGGAACACCUGCACGUUGGGCAACAAGGAUUACUAGCCAUCGUAAGGCAGAGAUACUGGCCAAUCAGAGUUUAUGGGAAAUUUGUGCCGGAAUACCGUGUUGUUCCUGCUCCAGUGUUUGCCCGAACAGGACUUGAUUAUGCGGGGCCUAUUUACAUCAAGAAAGGUCGUCGUCAAGCUCGUGUAAAGGCAUAUAUUGCGGUUUUUAUUUGUAUGGCCACUAAGGCUAUACACCUGGAUGUAGCAACGGACUUUACAGCGGAAGCGUUCUUGGCAGUUCUCCAGCGAUUUGUCGGAAGGAGGGGUACACCAGAGCAACUACACUCUGAUAAUGCUACAAAUUUUCGUGGAGCUCAGUCGGAGUUAGCAGAACUGUAUGAGCUUUUCAAGAAUCAGCAAACUAACCAGUUUUGUGAAGCAAAGGAAAUACAAUGGUCCUUCAUUCCGCCUCGUUCUCCAAAUUUUGGUGGGAUCUGGGAGGCUGGAGUGAAGGCAGCCAAAUCAUUGCUGAAGAAGGCGCUGUGUGAAACGUCAUUGACCUAUGAAGAGCUGACAACGGUGGUUGUCCACAUUGAAGCAGUACUCAAUUCGAGACCAAUCACACAAAUGACGACUGAACCGAACGAUUUGUCAGCGUAG